GGCUGUCGGGCACGGCUCGUGAACAGAGGGGCGGUUGAGUGUCGGACUGCGCUGGGCGUGGGCUGCCGUCACUCCCCAUCCUCUCAGUGGAGACACAUUGUUCGACGCGGGCACAUUUCAGCCCAACCAAUGCGUGCCUGCGAGCAGCUUGGUGCUAUUUAGCUGCGGAAAAGUCAACCGUUUUGUGGCUGAUAAUAAAGAAACAGUUAUUUCGAGAGGACCGGAAGCGGGGCGAAGACUGUUUUUUUUUCUGUUCGGAUAUCUUCAAUUCAAGAGCCAACUUGAGUUGGAACAUCGUUUUUUUUUUUACCCCAUUCCCUCUUCCCCUGCCGGGCAAAACAUCGCCAAUUAGAGCCCUGCUUGUUGAUUGGAAACAACUCAGUGUGUCAGCAGUGGAAUCCCAUCGAUAAACACAUAGUGACACAACUUCAGCAGCAGCAGCAGCGUGGGAGUGUUUGUGUGCAAAGAUGACGGAGUAUAAGCUGGUGGUGGUGGGAGCUGGAGGCGUGGGCAAGAGUGCACUCACCAUUCAACUCAUCCAGAACCACUUUGUGGAUGAAUAUGACCCCACCAUAGAGGACUCGUACAGGAAACAGGUUGUGAUUGACGGUGAGACCUGCCUGCUGGACAUCCUGGACACUGCAGGCCAGGAGGAAUACAGCGCCAUGAGGGACCAGUACAUGAGGACGGGGGAGGGGUUCCUGUGUGUGUUCGCCAUCAACAACACCAAGUCCUUUGAGGACAUUCAUCAAUACAGAGAGCAAAUCAAACGAGUGAAGGACUCAGAUGAUGUUCCCAUGGUGCUUGUGGGCAACAAAUGUGACCUCCCUGCACGCACGGUGGAUACAAGGCAAGCCCAGGAACUUGCCCGCUCCUAUGGCAUCCCCUACAUUGAAACCUCCGCCAAGACACGGCAGGGAGUUGAGGAUGCCUUUUACACACUGGUCAGGGAAAUUAGGCAGCAUAAGCUAAGGAAGCUGAACCCACCCGACGAGAGUGGUCAGGACUGUAUGAGCUGUCGCUGUGUGGUAUCGUGAUGAAGCUUACCUUCACAGCCUGGAAAGAAAUGCCAUACAGCACAAGAAGCCGCCGCAUGGACUUGAAAAUAGGAAGAGAAAACUGAAUGAAAAGAUAGAGGAAUCGAUCCGCUGUCUAAACCAGAGCCCUUUUUAUAGAAAAGAUGAUUUUGACUGUUGCCUAUGUGGCUACCUGAACAAGCUUGGCCUGCCCCACCUUUUUGUUGUGGUCCACAUGGACUAAUGAGCAACACCACUAAAGACAAAGGUCAACCCAAGCAUGGUGUCGUUCAGUAGCUAACUUAUUGUUUUCAGUCUCAACACUGGUCCAACAAGGGCUGCUUCGGGACCACACCUCAUCUUGAAAUGCUCAUUCCACUUGUGCCCUGCUUUUUUUUCACUGGGCCUGGAUUGGCAUUGGACAUUGAUUUCCUGGCUUGCCACACACAUAACCCACUUUGGGGGAGAGAAAAAAAAAAACAUGUGACUACCUCCCUUUUAAAGGUAGAGGCAGACCUGGGAAUUUGUAGAAUUUGAUGUUAUGGUUUUAACUGUUAGCUUUGCUGUUAAAAAAAAAAUGUAUUUUGGUUUUGAACUGGAACAUAUUUUGUGGGUGGAUGAUCAGAAAAUACCUGAGCACCACAUGCUCAGGUAUUUUUCAUGAUUGGUGUAUGAUGAAAAAGAGAUUGGCAUUUUGGUUCUGAAUGCAGAUGCCUUACAUUAUUUGCUAAGCGUUGUCUUUAUGAAAUAGUAAUAAUAAUAUUAACAAUAAUACAAGUUAUGACACGUGUGAACAUGGGUGCUGGUGCAGUGAGUUCUUGUCUUAUUGAAAAUGCACUGGGAGGCUACAGUGCAAUUGCACAGUGACUACAGGUGAAUAUGAUAGGAGCAACAUGCUAUGCUUGCACAAUUACACAGUUUUAAAUAGAAUUAACCUUUAUUUUGAAAGCGACCGCAAUAUGUGCGACAGUUAUUUCACGUGUCAAAGUCUUUACAAAAAAUCUAUAAACAAUUGCAGAGUGUAACACACACAACAUGCCUCAGAAUGCUCAAAAUUCCCACACACAUUACUACCCUCAAACUGUCCUAACUGUGUGUAUACUGUACAUGUGUGGCGUUCAUGUGUGAUUGGUGCUGGUUGUGGGGUUGCAUAGCUUUUUUUCCCCGCAAUGCUUGUUCUCCCUAAUACUGUAUUUGUCCGUUACAUUGAUAGAAUUACUGUUCAGAUCUGUCCAUAGUGCUGUAUAUACAGCAGUGAGCACCUCCUUUAUGUGUGCCACUCCAGAAAAAAGGAAGCAUGUUAAGUUUAGCCACGCGCUGUACAGGACUUGUUGGGUAAAAUACAACAAACCCAAGUCCUGCUAAAUGUAACAAAUAACCACCAAAAGCCUAACUGCAUCACUCUUGCUCAAUUUAGACGUCCUUAAGUGACUGUUUCAUUUUGAUUAUGUAAAAGUACUACUUAAUUCCCUGCAGAAGUGACCUGUUUAAGCAUAUUUCAAAUUCUAAUCCACCCCAUUUUGUACAUUUUUAGCCACUAAAAGUGAUCAACCUUGCUACUGUGUGUAGGCUGAAUAUUUUUUAAUUAACUGUUCAUUCUUUGUUUGACGGAUGUGAACUGUGAAUGUGUAUUUAGAUAUAAUUUCAAUGACACUGUGUUUAAAAUGUCCAAUGGAUGUGGGAGGACCUGGUUCCACUCCAUCCACCUUAUACUGAAACAUGUUUAUGGAAAACGGUGUGACAUGUACUAAUUAAUAAUUGAAUGCUUGUUGUCUACAGCUGUCAAUCUUUAUAUAUCACCUCCACAGCAGUUUCACAAAUCUAUGCAUACAUUUUCAUCGUCUCUGAAUGUCAUGUAAUGUUACCGCAUGGAUACUUAGCCAGUAAAGCCCAAGUAAAAAAGUCCAAAAAGACUGUACACGCCUUUAGCGGUUUGGACUCCAGUCACGGUUCCAAUAGUUCCAAGGGCUCCUUUCUCCCUUGAAUGAAAGUGUGUUUGGAAUUUGUGAAAAUGUUUAGCUAUUUAAGAUGUAUGUACUCUUUAAAAACAACAGAAAAGAUAAAUGUAUUGCAGGGCAGAAAUAAAAAGAUGUUGAG